UCUCUCUCUUAUCUCUUGUGUGUCUGCCUAUCUUCCUCACCAGUGUCAUUUUGAAGUCUGUCCAUGUGGCUUUAUUUCACUGGCACGUUCAUCGCCACUACAGAGGAAAGGAAUAAAGGGAAAGCAGGACAAAAACAACUCGACAUAAUAACCACAUGGCCAGAACAUUUAGUACCCUGGGUAUGAGAUGAGAAGGGCGGGCUUAAAUUAGGAGGAAUAGACGCGGUUAAAAAAAAUAGGCAACUGACCGAAAUUUCAGCGGGUCAUCGGUCGUUUCGGGAAAGGAACAACAAAAAAGGAGCGCAAGGAAAUUGUUAACGUGUGAUGCCCACCCGCAGAAAUGACCACUGAUCAGGAUCUGACUAUUGAUGGCCAGCCAGCCACAGCCAUGUUUGCUGCAAAGGGCAUUGAUGUAACACCUAGUAAAGACCAAGGAGUCAUUAAGGUUGUGAAGCGUCAGGGGCUCGAUGGAGAGCGGCCAAUGAUUGGAGACAGAGUGGUCGUCCACUACACUGGAAAGCUGCUCACUGGGAAGACGUUUGACAGUAGUCGAGAUCGCAGAGAACCUUUUUGCUUCAAUGUGGGCAAAGGACAAGUCCUCAAGGCCUGGGAUAUUGCUGUGUUGUCCAUGCAGAGAGGUGAGGUGUGCACGUUCCUGUGUAAACCAGAGUACGCUUAUGGAUCUGCUGGAAAUCCUAACAAAAUUCCUCCCAACUCUUCAGUAGUGUUUGAGAUGGAGCUACUAAAGUUUGAAGGAGAGGUUCUCACAGACGAUUCCGGCAUCAUAAGAAGAAUAAAGGUCAAAGGUGACGGUUACACUAAUCCCAACGAUGGAGCAAGUGUUGAAGUGCACCUAGAGGGAAAGUGUGAUGGUCGACUGUUUGACUGCAGGGAUGUCAGCUUUGUGGUUGGUGAGGCUGAAGAUAAAGGCGUUCCUUUCGGAGUGGACCGAGCCAUGGACAAGAUGCAAAAAGGAGAGUGCUGUUUACUUUACUUAAAACCAAAGUAUGGCUUUGGAAACAAAGGUAAACCGGAAUACAAAAUUGGACCAGACAAAGACAUCAUAUACGAAGUUACCCUCAAAGACUUUCAAAGGGCCAAAGAAUCAUGGGAAAUGGACUUGCUUGAAAAGCUAAAUUUGGCUGUUGGAGUUAAGCAUAAAGGGAAUCAGUAUUUUAAGGCAGGGCUAUACUACCAGGCAGUCAUCCAGUACCAGCGUAUCGUUUCCUGGCUAGAGAUGGAGUGUGGUUCUGGGCUGGAUCAGCAUAAGAAGAUACAGACUUUUAUAUUGACAUCACAUCUCAACUUAGCGUUGUGUUUCCUGCGGAUAAAAGAGUUCUCACAAGCUGUGGAGCACUGCAACAAGGCGAUUGAGCUCGAUGAGAACAAUGAGAAGGCUUUGUAUCGUCGUGGGGAAGCCCGUCUCCUUCGUAACGAGUUCAGCCUUGCCAUGGAAGACUUUCAGCUCGUGCUGCAAGUCAACCCCUCAAAUCGAGCGGCCCGUGCUCAUAUUUCCAUCUGCCAGAGCAAGAUUAAGGAACAUCAUGAACAGGACAAGAAGACCUACGCCAACAUGUUCCAGAAAUUUGCAGAACGGGACGCCAAGGUUGGGAAGACUAAGAGGAGGCGGGAUGAGAGUGCGAAGAGCGGCAUGAAUGGUGAAUUGGGCAUCAAGCAACGGCGAAGGAGUCAGGACUGUCCAUCGUAAAAGUGACAUUUGAAAGGGCGAAAAAGAAAGACAUGUCUUCAUUUGCUUUCCAAGCCAAGGGAGCAGAGGCAUGAACAAAGUCGUAUAAAAGCUUCUAAUCCAAACCUCUUUAUCCCAAAAUCCAACGUUACCAUUCCUGCAUAUAAAGCAGAGUGAAAGCAGAGACGUUUGCAAGUCAAACAGCAUUUCCCUUCCCAUUCUGCGGAUGUGCGAAUGCCAGGAUGUACCUCCCUGUGGAAUUAGUCCUGCAGAAUUAGUGAGUUAAGAUUGUUAAACACUUCUGGCCUCCACCUUUUAUUUUAAAAAAUAUAGUUUAUUUCUUCAUAAUUCCAUUGUAUUUGUCAUUAGGCUGUGUAGAGUUCAGAUGUGCCUCCGCAGUGUGUUUCCCAAACUGUACGUGCUGGUUUUCAGACCUCUGGCUUGUAUUUGGUAUUAAGCCUUUUCUUGGGCAGCUGCAUGCAUGCAUCACAAGAUGUUCAGGAUUCAGACUUGGAAUUUUGCUAUUUUCUAAAUGUGCAAUAUGUAUUUUGGAUAAAAGGUGUAACAAGUCCCGUUAGCUCAGUGGCAUUUGAAACCUUUCUGUUCCUUGGUUCAUAAAAACAAUCAUAGUGUAAAAAAGCCUGCAUUUAUGAAUGUUGGGGAAAACUAAAAUACGAAAAAAGCAACAACAAAGAAAUACUGCAAACAUGAAUCUGCAUUAUUGCCUACAUCACUGAUAGAAGUUUCCAAUGAAGAGAGGCAGAGAGUAGAAUCUGAAAUAAGCACAAACUCCAGAUACUAAAUUAUACCAAAACAUAAAACAAAUAAUACUAAUAACUGUAAUUCUGGCAUUCUGGCAAAUGCACUGUAUUUUGUUAUUGCUAGACACAACUGAAAUAAUAUUAUUUUGUGACAUUAAGCUACUACCUAAAGCCAAAUCAGUACAUCUUUUUUUAAGCCUAUACUGAACCUAAACUGUGGUGUAGAGAGAUUAUUUUCAGACAUACAAUUUAAAUUUAGCCCCUUGUUUUAGAUAAAGAUGAGGUAGUGUUUUACAAUGGAUAAGACCACCGUCAUGCACUAAAAUAAUUUAUUCAUGAAUACAUGCAUGAUAAGUAAUUUGUAAUUUGUUGAAAUCUUGUGUUUUAUCCAUUAAACACAACACACAGUACAAACCAUUUUUUAUGAGAGGCCAGUCUGGUAUUAAUAGUAAAACAGUGAUGAUCUAUGGGAGUGAUAUCAGAUGAUAACAUCAUUUUUGACUAGACUGAUUAUAUUUUAAGACGGUGGCAGCUGCAAAAACCUUCAUGAAAUAAACAGUUCAGCGUUUUAUAUAUAUAAAAUUAAAGGUUUACACUCCUGAGCUUUGGUGGAUUUUAGUGAUUGAUGACUUUCUUCUUCUUUUGCUGUAUGUUUAUCUAUCAGCUAAUUGCAUAAACAAGCAUGGCACAAUCUCCAACACACAUACAUCCUCAUAAUUGUGAUGAAAACUUCUUACAAAAGGAGGCAUUUGAUCAUAACAUCAUCCCCAUUUCCACCUUUGUAUUUGACAGGGCAAAUGCACUAGUAUUGACCCCUUGAGUACAAGUGGAAGAGGGACACCGAAACCGCAAUGGAGCUUUAAACAGAACCACAGUUUUCUUUUAAUGUUUCACAAAUUCCAUGAACUUUGGUUAUGUAAUCAACUACAUCAUUUGACAUCUGUUGUUUUUUUGCCUCAGUCCUGGAAAUAGUGUCUCUUUAUUUGACUGCAUCUAUUUCUUCAUUUUUUAAUGUGUGAAUGUAAGUGGAUCGUGGACAAUGAUGCACUUUGGUGACUGUGUACUCCACAGUGUUAUGGAGAAAGGUCUGGCAAUGCCAGGUUAGUGACUGUCAAACCAACACUGUUAUCUUUUCAGGAAAUGUCUGAAUAAAGUCUUGAGAUGUUUUAUAAA